UUUUUCUCUGUUACACUGUGUGUGUGGUUGUGGGCCAGGUUGGACAACAGUCAGUGGGCAAACAUGUCGCAGUACUCUGGAAAGAUCACCUUCUACGAGGGGAAAUGUUUCACCGGCAGGAAGCUGGAGGUGCGAGGAGACUGUGAUAACUUCCAGGACCGCGGCUUCAUGAACAGGGUGAACUCUAUCCGUGUGGAGAGCGGAGCCUGGAUCUGCUACGACCACCCCGACUUUAAGGGCCAGCAGUACAUCCUGGAGCACGGAGAGUACCCCGAGUUCCAGAGGUGGAACUCCCACAACGACCACAUGGGAUCCUGCAAGCCCGUCCGCAUGCAUGGAGAGCACUACCGCAUCGAGCUGUUCGAGGCCUGUAACUUCUCAGGUCAGUGUGUGGAGAUCUGCGACGACUGUCCCUUCCUGCAGAGCCGCGGCUUCUCCAAGAACUGCAUCAACUCGCUCAAGGUCUACGGAGACGGAGCCUGGGUGAUGUACGAGGAGCCAAACUUCCGUGGUCGUAUGUACAUCGUUGAACGUGGCGACUACUGCAGCCACAACGAGUGGCAGGCCCAGAACCCCAACAUCCAGUCCAUCCGCAGGGUCGUCAACUACUUCUAAACCCCCCCCCCC